CUUCCGAACUCUUUGCAACUUUUUGAAUGCGAUUUUGUCAAUUGUGCAGGUGUAAAGCUAUACUAUUUCGAACUUGAGAGGCCCUUGCGAAUUACCAUCGAUAACCCAUCCUAAUUCGACAAGUCUACCUAUGCGAGCACACCUCUUGCAUGAGAGACAAGGUGCACAACACCAUCGUGUGAAGUCGCAAAGUGUUGGAGAUACCGAAAGUUGUCAAUCUACAUAAACCCAACCACCAAUUUAUAUUAAAAGCGCCAAAGAGCUAUCGAAUAUCGCGGACAACGACAGUGACACGAAGCAGCCCAGCCAUUGGAGACCUUGGGUGUUGAGGAACACAGAAACAGCGGCAUAGAUAAUCUACAUAUUCUCACAUCAUGUUCGCCCCUACGCUCCGCAGCCUCUUCAUGAGGUUGCCCUCGACCACCACUCCUCUCUGCCGAUUCACGCCCCACCCCUCCACCACCACCACCACCACCACCAUCGCAGCAGCCACAUCCUCCUCCUCCCCCUCCUCUCUCAUCCGCUCCCUCCACACAACCCCCAACCAAAAUGCCAAGUCCGGCGGCGCCGGCAUCAAAGGCGGAUCCAAAGGCGGUUCGGGCGGGAAAAAGCGGAAGAAGAAGGGAAAAGGGGAGGCGCCGGACCCGCGAAUCCUGAACCUGAAGUCGUCGAUGCCGCGCGCGGUCCCCUCGCCGCUGCGCUUCGCCCGCAACCGCGCGCUCCGCCACUGGACGAUCCACCGCGCCUGGCUGCUGUACCAGCGCAAGGAGCGCGAGCGCGAGGCGCACGAGUUGGAGCGGAUGUACCAGUCGAUGCACAACGCCUGCGAGGAGCUGCGCAAGACGAGUGGGCCGGGAACGCGCGACGAGGGGUUCCUGUAUCGCGUGGCGAUGGAGAAGAAGGGCAUGUACGGACACGGCGUCGUGCCGAUCGAGUACGCGCGGGCCCAGACCGAGACGCCGGCUCGUGAGCCCUGGAACCACGACUGGACGCGCUAGGGGCUGUGAUGUAGAUACUAUACAUACCUACAUAUGUACCAAGAUAUAUGCCUACCUGACUUGAACCUACUUGGCCGCCCAUGCCAACUUUCUCAAAGGUUGUUGUGGAAAUUACCUGACUUUGGGUAGGCAGAGUUUGUAACCGACAUAGGUAUCAUGAUAUUUGCG